GGAUUUUUUCGCUAAGACUUGAGACUUCUUACUGGUCAAUAUGAGGGAAAUUGUGCAUCUUCAGGUUGGUCAAUGUGGCAAUCAAAUUGGUUUGAAAUUUUGGGAAGUGAUUUCGGACGAGCAUGGGAUCAAUUGCAAUGGAAUUUAUGCUGGAGACAAUGAUCUGCAGCUGGAGAGGGCAAAUGUCUAUUAUAACGAAUCUACGACUGGGAAUUACGUUCCGCGAGCUGUAAUGGUGGAUUUGGAGCCUGGGACAACGGAUGCUGUGCGAGGAAGUGCACUUGGGGGUCUCUUUCGUCCUGAUAACUUUGUCUUUGGGCAAUCAGGAGCGGGGAAUAACUGGGCCAAGGGUCAUUAUACCGAAGGAGCUGAAUUACUGGAUUCUAUACAGGAUGUGGUACGUCGGGAAGCUGAAGGAUGUGAUUGUCUGCAGGGAUUUCAGAUGACUCAUUCACUAGGGGGAGGUACUGGUUCAGGAUUGGGCACUUUGUUAAUUUCCAAAAUUAGGGAAGAAUAUCCUGACAGGAUAAUGAAUACUUUCUCGGUUAUUCCGUCACCGAAAGUUUCAGAUACGGUUGUGGAGCCUUAUAAUUCCACAUUGAGCUUCCAUCAGCUGGUUGAGAAUACCGAUGAGACUUUCUGCAUAGACAACGAAGCUCUCUAUGAUAUUUGCUUCCGGACUCUGAAGUUGCAGACUCCGACGUAUAGCGAUCUCAAUCAUUUAGUGUCCAUUACGAUGUCUGGAAUCACGACAUGUCUCAGGUUUCCGGGGCAAUUGAAUGCAGAUUUGCGUAAAUUGGCCGUAAACAUGGUGCCUUUCCCACGAUUGCAUUUCUUUAUGCCGGGAUUUGCUCCAUUGACGGCUCGUGGAGAUCAGCAUUAUCGCUCAAUUACCAUUCCUGAACUGACACAGCAGAUGUUCGAUGCUAAAAAUAUGAUGACUGCCUGUGAUCCUCGCCAUGGACGGUACUUGACUGUGGCAGCGGUUUUUCGGGGUAGGAUGAGCAUGAAGGAAGUUGAUGAGCAAAUGCUGAAUAUUCAGAAUAAGAAUAGUAGCUACUUUGUGGAGUGGAUUCCGAAUAAUUGCAAAACUGCUGUCUGUGAUAUUCCACCGAGAGGACUAAAAAUCGCAGCGACUUUUAUUGGUAACACUACGGCAAUCCAGGAGAUCUUUAGGCGCAUCUUUCAGCAAUUCACUUCUAUGUAUCGUCGGAAGGCUUUUCUGCACUGGUACACUGGUGAGGGGAUGGAUGAAAUGGAAUUCUCAGAGGCUGAGAAUAAUGCCAAUGACCUCAUAAGCGAGUAUCAGCAAUAUCAGGAGGCAGUUAUUGAUGAUGAUCAGGAAUUUAUUGAAGAAAAUGAGGAAGAAGAAACUUUUGAAACUGUUGAAAAUUAACAAUUGAAGACUUUUCUGAACUAAAAAUUUAUGUUAUUUCAUUUAUUCACUGAAAUAAAACACUUUUGCUUUCGUC